AUGAAGGGACAGGUAGACACCGUUAUUCAGAUGGAUAAGAGAGAAGAGGGUACCACAGAUAGUCAGGGUACAGAGGGUAGUGGCGGGGCUACCACUAGCCUGAGUUCUUCAAAUAAUGAAGAGAGAAUAACUUUUGUUAAGAAUAAGAGAAAGGCUUUGAGGGGCAAGAUUACAAGAAGUAUUAACAGAGUAAGAGGAUCUAUUCAGAGAAAGGAUACAAAUCAGAGAAGAUUUCUGAGAGAAUUAGAGGCAAUUAGGUCAGACUAUGGUCUGGCAUGUGACUUUCAUGGUGAACUCUAUUCAUAUGUUGAUGAAUCUCAAGUGCAGAAGCUGGAUCAGUGGGAGAGUGAUCUGAUUGAAGACAUGCAUACAAUAGAGGAGGAAGUAGAGGAUUAUUUGAUGUCUCUAGAUAGAGAAGACACAGAGCCCUCAGCAGGGAAAUCAGGAUCAAAUAGUACCAGAGCUACAAGAAAGAAAGAUGAACACUCUUCUAAGUGGAAUGAUACAGAGAGCUCUGGAACACAAGAUAAACAUUCAGAGACUAAUAGAACUGAACAGAAAAAUGUGGAACCCAUUCCAUCAACUUUUAGUGAAUCUGGAUCAAACAGUUUUGCUUUCGAUUCAUGGAUAAACAAUCUUGUGGAGUUUCAAGAGACCAACCUGCCAUCUGCUGUGAGUAACAUGUCUGUGGCUGAUGCACUUUACAAGCUUGAGGCAAGUAAAGACAUUCCCCCAGUAAAACUAGGGAAAUAUGAUGGUAACCCACUAGAUUAUGUUGAUUUUAUUGAACGGUUCAAGAUUCACAUUCAUGACAAACCCCAUUUGUCAGACGACUUGAGGAUGGUACAACUUCGUAUGCAUCUGACAGGUGAUGCAGAGCGUGCUUUGUGCAGUUUAGGAUCCAGUGGCUCCAUGUAUGCGACAGCAAUCAAGAUGUUGCAAGAUCAGUUUGGACAGCCAAGUCUAAUUGCUCGUGCUAUUGUGAACAAGUUGACCAAGGGAGCAAAGAUUCCACCAAAUAACAGAAAUGCUCUUCGGGACUUGUCGCUUGAUCUGAUUAACAGCAUAGCAACUUUGAAGAGGCUGAAUCAUUUUGCGGAUGUCAAUGCUAAUGAGAAUCUCAGAAAGAUAGUGUUGAGAUUGCCAGGUUAUCUCAUAGAGAAGUGGAAGAGUUUCGUCACAAGCCUGAGAGAGAAAGGGGACACACCUUCAGUGAUUCAUAUAAGUGACUUUGUUCGUCAACGCGUCAAAGCUGAAUUUGACCCAGAUUUUGGUGAUCUUGACAGACUGAAACCUGAUCACCGACAUGAGAGAUCCAGAGAGAAUGAAAGGACCAGGAGAGGGAUCUACUCUCAACAGACAGUAAAAAGAGCUGUCAGGUGCUAUCUUUGUGCAGAAGAUCAUCGGAUUUCACACUGUCCGACAUUCCUGGACAGCGAUGUGAAUGACCGCAUACAGAAGACAAGAGAUAUGAGGUUAUGUUUUUCUUGUCUUGUGAAGGGACACACAGCCAGGGAAUGUAGGUCUAAAAGAGCAUGCGGAAAGGACGGAUGUACUCGUACACAUAAUGAACUUCUCCAUAUCAGUCCACCUGUAGCGAGUGCGUGCUCACCAGCGCUUGAUCGUGAUGGGAUUUUGCCAGUUAUUAGAGGUAUAUUUAGAGGAAGUAAUGGAAAACUGAGAGAAGGAAAUAUUCUUGUUGACAGUGGAGCUUCAACCUCAGUUAUUAGAAGAGACUUUGCUAGAGCAUUAGGUUUGCAGGGAAAACAUGAAAGGUUAGAUGUGUCAGUUGUCGGAGAGGAAGUCCUGCAAAAUGCAAACAGUCGACGACUCAAGUUUUGGUUGUCAUCCUUGGAUGGAGGAGAAGAAUGGCCCAUAGAGGCAUAUGAACUUGAGAAAACAGUGACAGGUGUACCUGCUUUGGAUAGUCAGUGGUUACAGUCAUUUUCCCACCUUUCAGAUUUGAGCUUUAAUCACAAAGCAGGACCAAUAGACUUGAUAUUGGGGAUACAAUAUUCUCACUUACAUGCGGAAAUAGAGAAUCGACAAGGUUUACCGUUUCAACCAAUUGCAAGAAAGUCAGUGCUUGGAUGGUACGUCCUUGGGCCUGAUAACACAAAGAGAAUGUCAACAGUUUGUUCAGUCAAUUUCAUGGAAAAGAUUAACUUGGAGAAAUUCUAUGACUUUGAAACUAUUGGGAUCCAAUCUCCCAACUGCAGCUGUCCCAAAGAAUCUAUUUCAAGUGAUGAUAAGACGGCCAUGGAGAUGUUCAAGGCAUCCUGCAAGAAAGUUGGAGAGAGAUAUGAAAUAGCCUUGCCUUGGAAGAUGGAUCCGCACAUGCUGCCGGACAAUUACCCUCUCGCGGAAAGGAGACUUUGUUCACUAGAGAGGAAUCUUCUCAAGAAUGAAGAUAAAGCAAAGAUGUAUGAUAACGCCAUGCAAGAGUAUGUGAAAAAUAAAUGGGCAGAGCCAGUCAGUGAGGAAUCAAGCGACGCAAGUCCAGUCUACUAUCUUCCACACCAUGGAGUAUAUCGACCAGAGAAAAUAAGUACGCCACUUCGGAUUGUAUUUGACCCAGCCUGUAUCCAUAAAGGGACAUCUCUGAAUUCAUUCUUGUACAAGGGACCAUGUUUGAUAGGCAACUUGUAUGGAGUUUUGCUCAGGUUUAGGGAGGAAGUGGUUUCCUUUGUAGGUGACAUUUCCAAGAUGUAUCUCCAGAUUCUCUUGCCAGAGAGUGACACCCAGGUUCAUAGGUUUCUUUGGAGAAACUUAGAUGUCAACAGGAAACCACAAAUUUAUCGUCUGCUUCGAGUGACAUUCGGCGAUAAACCGUCUCCGGAUAUGGCAAGUUACGUCAUCCUUCAUAUUGCUGAAGAAAACAAGGAAGAGUUCCCUGAAGCAGCAGUUGUGCUUCAAAGAGAUAGAUACAUGGAUGACCUGAUUCAUUCCUGUUCAUCACCAGAGCAAGCAGUACAGAAGAUCCAAGAUCUGGACAAAAUUUUGUCUACUGGAAGUUUCCACAUUAAGGAGUGGUACUGUUCUUCAGAGACUGUACGUGAAAAAUAUCAAAGAAGGAAGGGGAUUCUGAGCAGCAUGCAUCAGUGA